AUGCGAGUGGAAAACAUCGAACAAAUUUAUCACAUUUCUGUACCGAAUCAACAAAACAAACCCAAACAACCCAUUCAAUUUAUGGACUUAGAUAAGCCCAUUCCGAUUAAACAAUCACAACUUACCCCAUCCAAUCAUUCCAAUUCAAAUGAAACACCCCUUUUGUCACGUGACAGUAUUAUAGAAUUACAAGACCAAAAAAUCACUUCGCUUCAAGAAAACUUUAAUA